UGCUUCUCCGUCUAGUAUCAAGGAGAUUCCCUCUUUCUUUGUAGCACCAGCUCGAGAAAGCUUAUUCUCUAUUUGUGCCCUGUCCUCUACUAUUUAUUUAUAUGGCUUGCCGUAACACGCUGCUACCUGAAGGAGGGCAUUUAUGACAAGAACUUGCACGUCCUGGACAGUCUUAGCUCUAGAACUCUGUUUGGGCCGAAAAAGACUUUCUUGAAAGUCCAAAGCGCCCACGCUGAACGGACGGUUAUUGCUUCUGCAUUGUUGUGAUUGAGGGAAGGGGUACGGGGAGAGAAGAAAAAAGGCUUCCCGGUAGGUCGGGGCUGAAGGAAAAUGUCUUUAUUUAAAGCCCGUGAGUGGUGGUCUACAGUAGUUGGCAACAAAGAAGAAUUUGAUCAAGGAUGUUUAUGUGUUGCAAAUGUUGACAAUAGCAGUAGUGCACAAGAUAAAAUAAUUGUGGGCAGUUAUAUGGGUUCACUUAGAAUUUAUAAUCCUCAUCCUAUAAAACCUGGAGAUGCUAUGCAAGCUGAAGAUUUGCUCUUGGAAGUACAAUUAAGUGAACCAAUACUACAGGUGGAAGUAGGAAAAUUUGUUUCUGGUACAGAGCUGCUUCAUCUGGCUGUAUUGCACUGCAAAAAGUUGUGUGUUUAUGCUGUAUCAGGAAGUUUGGGAAACAUUGAACAUGGUAACCAAUAUCAGUUAAAACAUAUGUAUGAACACAACCUUCAGCGAACAGCCUUCAACAUGACUUAUGGGCCAUUUGGAGGGAUAAAAGGUCGAGAUUUGAUCUGUAUACAGUCUGUGGAUGGAAUGCUUAUGUUGUUUGAACAAGAAAGCUAUUCAUUUGGCCGUUUUCUGCCUGGUUUUCUUCUGCCUGGUCCACUGACAUAUAGCUCUCGAACAGAUUCCUUCAUUACUGUCUCUUCCUGUCAGCAGGUCGAGAGCUACAAGUACCAAGUGCUUGCAUUUGCAAAAGAUGCUGACAUGCAAGAAGCUGAGCAGCAAAAACUUGGCUCUGGAAAAAGGCUUGUGGUGGACUGGGUUUUAAAUAUUGGGGAACAAGCUCUGGAUAUAUGUGUUGUUUCAUUCAAUCAACUUGUUUCCAGUGUGUUUGUGCUUGGGGAGAGAAACUUCUUUUGCCUUAAGGAUAAUGGGCAAAUUCGAUUCAUAAAAAAGCUUGACUGCAGCCCAAGUUGCUUUCUUCCAUAUUCAGUGUCUGGGACUGUAGUAAACACACUGAUUGGGAACCACAACAAUAUCCUACAUGUAUAUCAAGAUGUGACUCUAAAGUGGGCAGCUCAACUUCCCCACAUUCCUGUGGUCGUAAGAGUGGGGAAAUUACAAAAUUUGAAAGGUGUGAUUGUCACACUGAGUGAGAGUGGCCAUCUGCAAUGUUCCUACCUUGGCACAGACCCUUCUUUAUUUCAAGCUCCUAAAGUUGAAGCCAGGGAUAUAAAUUAUGAAGAAUUUGAUGCAGAAAUUAAUAAACUUCAGAAAAUCAUUAAAGAAGCCAGAAGAAUCAAAGAUAUCUUGCCUAAAUCUGAAAAAAAUGAGGAUUUUGCACUUGUUGUGACCGUCUUGCCUGAUUUGGAUUCAGUGACCCAAGCUAUUGACAGUGAAGUAAGGGCAGAGGUGGUUCCUUCAGUGACAAUAAAGAUCACAGUAGAGAGCAGACUGUUGACACUUACAAAAUUAUCAGUAUGUGUUCAGCCUCCCUUAGCACUGACUCAAGACAAAUUCAUAUUGGAAUUAGAGUCAUCUGUACCUAAAACAGUUGUCCUCUCUGCCUUUCUAAAGGGGAACAGCCCACCAGCAGAUAUGGAAGGUAGUGCUCUAGCUUCUUAUAGCACACCAACAGGUGCACCCAGAGUUGCUCAGUGCAAAUUUCGAUUACCCUUGCGGUUAGUUGGCUUUCCAGCUCAACCUUCAAAAACAGCAAACCACAAGUUAACUAUUGACACCAAUAAACCUCCAGUAAGCCUUGUUACACUUUUUCCAGACUUUGCUGAUCAGGCUGAUGAAGAUCAACUAAAUGCUUUAGGAUUUCAGUUAUUAGCUGGGUCCAAAGUCACUUUACUUGCUUCAAAAACAUCACAGCGUUACAGAAUUCAAAGCGAACAAUUAGAAGACAUUUGGCUAAUUACAAAAGAACUCACACUUCGUCUUGAUGAACAUUUUAGGAAACAAAACUGCAAAGACUUUGCAUGUAGUUUUUCUGGCCCAAUUCCCUUACAAGAAUAUUUUGAGAUAAUUGAUCACCAUUUCGAGCUGCGUCUGAAUGCUGCAAAAUAUGAACAACUAUUAUCUGAAAGAGCCAUACAGUUUAGAGCUAUUGAACGACGACUGCUGGCACGGUUUAAAGAUAAAACCCCAGCUCCUCUUCAACAUCUGGACACCUUGUUAGAAGGAACUUACAGACAGGUAAUAGCUCUAGCAGAUGCAGCUGAAGAAAACCAAGCCAAAUUGUUCCAAGCAUUCACAAAGUUAAAAAGUGUCACCCAGCUGGUAAUUCUGCUGGUUAGCCUGUGGCAGAAACUGAGUGCUGACCAAGUUGCUAUUCUGGAAGCUACAUUUUUGCCACUGACACAGGAUACUCAAGAAAUGGGUUGGGAAGAAAGUGUGGAUGCAUCUAUCUCCCAUUUGUUGAAAACAUGUUUGUCCAAAAGUUCUAAAGACCAUGCUUUGGCAUUUUCCAAUCAGUUGUGUAUUCCCAAGGAUACCAAUAGGCUGAAGAAACAUAUAACUUUGCUCUAUGAUAGAUUGGCCAAAGGUGGUCGUAUGUCUCUAAAUACAGACCUUGAUGCUCAGCAGACUACAGUUCUGUCAGGUGGUUGUGCUACCAUCCCAGAGUCUGAACUCGAAGAGAGACCAACUUUGCAACAUUCCACAGCAAUUGUCAAUCACCAGCAUCUCACCAAACAGGUUACUGAGCCUGAAAGAAUAUGGAUUGAGGCUAAAUCAGAUUUGCCACAGGAUGGAUUACAGGAAGCAGAAAAGCCAUGAAAAGCGCAAGAGAACCCCCAGGAGGAUUUUAAAAAUCUGUGCAUUUACAAUCCAACAGGAACAAUUUAUUUCUCUCUAUAGUGAACACUGUCAAACUCAAGAAGGAAGUGCAUUAAGAGUGCAAAAUACUUCCAGUUGCAUUUAGGCACCUGGUUCUCCAUGACUAGCUGCAAAUCUUUGACAUACUGUCUCCUAGGCAAGUUUGGGGCUAUUUCCCAAAUAGAACAAGUAGUCUGUCUUACAUUAAGGUGCAGUUAUCAGCCCUCUAUAAAAACUCUGAUGAAAGAUAAAAUUGUUUUUGUAAACCAAGAAAAAAACAUGCAAACACACUUAUUUUGCAUAUGUACACCUAAUUUCUGUAUCUCACAUGAAGAUCAUUAAUUUUGGCCUGGAUUGAUCAAAGAAAAUUGUGUUGUCUUGCUCCUCAGCUGAAGAACAAUGUGAAUGAACUCGCCAUUAAACAUCCUCAGUAAUCUCAACUCAGUAAUCCCAGGCUCCCCCUCUUAACCUUACUCCUGAUCUACACAUUUCAUCUUGCGUGAUGUUUUGCAAAUGAAACAAGGAUGCACACCUGCAGGCCAAGGGCUGCAUGCGCACUCCCAAGGCCUCAUGUCCCUUUUAUGGGACUAGCCUUCUCCCAUCUUCCCACAUUCCAGUUUGUUCUUUCUCCACUGCUAUUGCCAGUGAGAAAGAAGCUACUUGUUUGGGGAUCACUGGGGUAAGGUGCUCUGCUCCCUCCCCUAGACAUCCUUAUAUAUACAUCUCUCUCACUGGAAACGGCUAUCUGUAUCAACACGGCUGGAGGAGGGGCAAGAAAAGCCUCUUCACCCUCUUCCUCAGUGCUCAUGAUUACAAAUCAUUCUGUCCCCAUUGCUUCUAACAGUAAAGGAAGAGUAAUCAUUGUCAGGAUUGCUCGGAUGUAUGCAUGUGUGCUUCUGGUGCCCAGACCACAUGUGGCCUUUAGAAAUGAAAGAUGGCUUUUAGUUAGGUUUGAAAAAGCUCUUUUCUUUUUGUGUAGAAAAGGUUCAUGGAGAGGCAGCAAAACACAUCUCAUUCCCAAAUGCUUUAUGCAUUAGUUUAUUCCAGAUUGUUUAUAAUUUUGCUGUCUUAAUUUUAAUCGAUCACAACUGAGGCUUAUUGCAAAGGACCAGCAUUUUAGAAGGCUUGAGGCCCUAUGAUCUGAACAUGAAGCUAUUUUUAUGAAAACUUGUUUUUGCCCAGACCAAAUAGAUAUUCAGUGCAGAAGUCCAUAAUCUGAUAUGCAUCAGGCAUCUUGCUGGACAGAUUCAAGGCAUUUGAUGUAACUUGGUUGCACAAAUUUGCCCAACAUCUUCAUCUAAACUUUCAGAAGUCAAUCCUUAAAUGUUAGUUUUUUGGCCCAAAAUGGCAGGUUUUGCACAUCCAUGGGUUUUCGAUGUUUGCAAAACCCAUCAAACAUCUCAGACUUUGGCUCUGAAGUUUAGGGUUUUUCUGUAUGAUAAUACAUGCCAGAAGAAGACACAAAUGAAUUAAUGAAGUCAAGAUGAAGAUAGUGUUAAUUCAGAAAUGUGUACCACUGUCUGAAAAUAAUUCAGGCCUGGCCACAAUUAAAGCAUGUGCUUCUCUUUUUCUUUGGGUCUGGUUCUCUUAUCCUAUCAAAUUUAAAAAUUGCCACUUAUUUGGCAGCACAUGUGACAUGAAUUCUUAGUCACCAUCUCAGUUCUUCCUAAUGGGCAUACAUUUUUUUCAUGCCCAAAUCUCUUAGUCAUUGUCUUUGUCUUGUCAAAUGGGCCAGAUCCAGUAGGCUGAAAAAGCAGGUGGUAGUUGUAGGUGUGCCAUGCUAGCGAGUGUUGCAAUUAGCAGAUUUGAGCUAUAAUUUUUUAGCAAAUGGAUAACAGCAAUAGUUGUUUGGUGUCCCCUUUCUGUCAGAGAAAGUUACUUUGGCACUGGCCAUAGUUUUGAUAAAAUGUAACAAUGUUCUGUUUAUCUCUUUAGUCAAAGGUAAUUUAUCAGUUCUAUGGAAAGAUAUGGUUGGAAGUUUUAUUUAUCUUUUCAAUAGACUUUAAUUGUUUGUCACAUAAUUUUGCUCCCAUUUAUCCCCAAUAAUAUUGCUAUUAUUAAGUUCAAAGAAUAUCCCCACUGAAUGAUUAGAGAUGCAAACUUUCCCAAAACUAAAAGGCCACAGAAAAUGUCAAGACUUGGAUGCAGAAAGAAGUAACACCUGAGCUACUUCAGGGUUGACAGAUUUUUGUUAACAAAGAUUUAAUUACUUGUAGGUCCCAUAGAUUUUAUUGGAGAGGGAUACAUGCAUAACAUGUACAUGCAUAACAUUCUGACAGAAAUACAUAGGAGUUAAAUAUACUUUACCUUGGUUGAAGCGUGCCCAGUGUCGUUAUGCAUUACCUUCUAUUCUUGGGGUCUCUGCAGGUUGUCACAUGUUUACAAUUUCUCCUGCACCGAACUUUCUUUUAUGUAAAAUCAAGCAUUGUUCCAGUUCAGCUUUUUCUUUGU